CCUAGUAGAAACCUGUAUUUUCUUGGCACCGUUUUCCGGUGCGGACUUGUGGCUGUUUCGUUUUCUAUAUUUCCUUGGACAGGAGACAAAAACAUCACGAACUUUCGUUCCCGUAGAAUAUUGCGAUCACAAUGAGAACAGGUUGCGUUAUCGCUACACUUGUCAUCAUUCUGACAGCCUCACAGGCAUUUAGCCUUGAAAGCCACAAGUGGGAUUACUUUGUGUUCAGCCAAUGGUGGCCUCAAUCCCAGUGCUACUACCGCAAUGGACAAACAAUGGAUGAUAAAUGGAGGUUCACCAGUGGCAAUGCAAGGAAUGACUGUGUUCCUGCUGAUGUUACCACAUGGACUCUUCAUGGCCUUUGGCCUACCGUAGGAGGUAAAGCUGAGCCAGUGAAUUGUAACAGCUCAUGGCCAUUUGUAGAGUCUGAGAUCCAGGACCUGGAAGAUAGGAUGAUGCAACGUUGGCUUGCUUUCCCUGAUUCCUCUAAAUCGAGUGCCAGGGAUCUUUGGUCUCAUGAAUGGAAAAAGCACGGAACCUGUGCUACAGAUCUUGCAGAAACCAGUAAUGAGCACAGUUAUUUCUCUAUGGCGCUGGCACUGAACAGUAAUUGUGGUCUUCUACGAGCCUUAGCCAGUGAGAAUAUUAUUCCAAGUGAUGAUCAAAUGUACACGGUGAAACAAGUGGAGCGUGCUAUCAGUAAUAAAUACGGUGCUAAAGGUCGGGUAAUCUGUCUGCGAGGGCCGGAUGACCAACAGCUGUUAGCUGGAAUUCGCAUUUGUCUGGACAAGUCUUUCCGUCCGCGCAACUGUAUCCAAACGUACCCGGAACAUUGCAGCGAUGACGACGACUUAGGAUAUCCAACCAUCAUACGUCACUAACCCUUUUUCCCUUCAAGAAUACACAGAAUGCUGAUUAAUCAUAAAUUCGUCGAUGCUCUGUAUAACUAUGUCGUUGAUAUGCCAAACUAGCCUUUUUUAUAGUUAUUACGUAAACAAUAGUGUGCUUCUCUUCCAAAGAAAAGACUGAGAGCUACUAAGUAGGCAACCCCUAAAGUGGUUUUUAAAAACCCGUGAAAUAGUAUUUAGUUUAUUUAGUACUAAUACACUGUAAUGUCUUUGUUCUCUUUUGUUCUGGUUUGACUAUUACACUUAAACAAUUACAUUUUGAUGCACGGGAUUUUGAAAACCCCUAUAUUGCUACUUAAUUUAUAAAUAGAUGCUAGUUGUACUUAAAAUUAAUUGCUAUGUUAUUUGAUAAAUGAACGCUGUAGGGAA